AUGGAGCAGGAGAUCCACGAGAAAGUCCACCUGACGGAGGAUGGCGGAGUGAUCAAAACGAUCCUCAGGAAAGGUCAUGAAGGAGAAGAAAAUGUCCCCAAGAAAGGAAACGAAGUGACGGUUCACUAUGUUGGCAAGCUCGAAAGCAACGGGAAAGUGUUCGAUUCAUCGCUCGAACGAAAUGUACCUUUCAAGUUUCACCUAGGACAAGGAGAAGUGAUAAAAGGAUGGGACAUCUGUGUAGCGUCCAUGAAGAAAAAUGAAAAAUGUUCAGUCCGCCUGGAUAGCAAAUAUGGGUACGGAGAAGAAGGUUGUGGAGACAGCAUCCCAGGAAACAGUGUGUUAAUAUUUGAAAUAGAACUUAUUAGCUUUAGGGAGGCUAAAAAAAGUAUAUACGAUUAUACCAAUGAGGAGAAAAUUCAAGCAGCAUUCGAUUUAAAAGAAGAAGGAAAUGAAUUUUUUAAAAAAAAUGAAAUUAACGAAGCUAUUUCCAAGUACAAGGAAGCACUAGACUUUUUUAUUCAUUCAGAAGAUUGGGAUGGAGAUUUAUCUGAAAAAAAAAAAAAUAUUGAAAUUAGUUGCAACCUAAAUUUGUCUACCUGUUACAAUAAGAAUAAAGACUUCCCCAAUGCCAUCGCUCACGCCUCCAAGGUUCUUAAGAUUGAAAAAAAUAAUGUGAAAGCGCUUUACAAAUUGGGUGUUGCUAACAUGCACUUUGGCUUUUUGGAAGUGGCUCGAGAAAACCUUUACAAAGCUGCUUCCCUAAGCCCCAACAACGUAGAAAUACGAAACUCCUAUGAUGCCUGCCUUAACAAAUUGAAGGAGGCCCGCAAAAGGGACAAACUCACCUUCGGGGGCAUGUUCGACAAGGGCAUUCUUUACGAGGAGAAGAAGAGCAGCGCCAAGUGA